AUAUAGAAGAGGGGUAUAGUGUGUAUAUAUAUAUAGCCUUGAAAGAUUCAAAUUUCCCGUAUCAAAUUCAAGGAAACCAAAAUCCAAUUCAAGAAAGAAGGUAGAAGAAUGAGUUUCCUAACAGGAAGAUUAGCAGGAAAAGAGGGAGCUUUUUUCUUUGAAGAAUCCAAACAUGCCGUUACCCGUUUAGCCCAAAAGAUCAACAAAAACCCAACUUCUUCUCCUUCCAAUUCUGUAUCUGUAAAUCAAGAAUCAGUUUCUCCUUCUUCUGAUGUUCUUCCUGAGAUUCUUCGACAUUCUUUACCUUCCAAGAUUUUCCAUUCUCCUGCUUCAUCUGCAGAUUCCUCACUCUCUCAUGCUUCCAAAUGGGUUCUCCCCAGUGAUACGAAUAAGACAAAUUCUGUAUCACCUGAUGCUCUUAAUCCUCUCACAGCUUAUAUUUCUCUUCCACAAGUCACCUUUGGACCUAAAAGGUGGCAGUUGCCAGAUACAGAAAAUUCUGUACAAGCCUCAACGGCAAAUGACUUGCGGCGUGAUAAAUACACACCUAUUAAUCCUGAAAAACUUAAAGCUGCAGCUGUGGGGAUGUCUCAAAUUGCAAAGGCAUUUGCUAUUGCCACUGCUCUUGUCUUUGGUGGUUCCGCCUUGACGUUUGGCUUCGCAGCAUCCAAGCUAGAGUUGCACAAUUCUGAUGAUAUCCGGACCAAAGGGAAGGACAUCGUUCAGUCAAGAUUGGAAACAUUCAAAGAGCAGCUGAGUCCUUUAAGGAUUUGGGCUGAAGAGAAGUCGAAAAAAUGGCGUUUAGAGAAAAAAGAAGACAUUAAAGAGAAGCCUUUAGUAAAAGAGCUCUCUAAAAUAUUGGGUGCCAAGUCGUCGAACUAAUACAUACGCAGUUUAUUGCAGAUAGGUAUGCAUGAGAUGCAUUCAUCAAAAGAUUUUGUUUUCUUCUCUCUCACUGUGUAAUCUUGUAUAAUAUGACCUGUCAGCAUGUAGUAUUUUCUAUGUAUUCUGCAGUAUUUUCUGUAUAAAUGAAGCUGUAAGUGUAAAGUAGCUUUUCGUCAAGUUCAUCUUUUGUGUGAAUGAAGACGGUUCUUUUUUAUGUUCUUA